UCCCCUAAAGGCUAAAACCCAAUAAUAUCUUCAGUCACCCAUGGCUUCUUCACACACACCUUUCCUUGGGUGCUCGGCCCACACUCACACUCCCUUCACAUUUUCAUCGCCGGCACUCUCGCUUUCCCAUCUUCAAAAUUUUUCAUACUCUAAUAGACGUGCCAGCAUCAUGCCAAUGCAAGCUACUACUGAAAAGAAACCUGUUCUGGAUAACAGAAUGCUGGUUUUUGUGCCACCCCAUCCUUUAAUCAAGCAUUGGGUAUCAGUGCUUAGAAAUGAGCAAACACCAUGCCCAAUCUUCAGGAAUGCCAUGGCUGAAUUGGGAAGACUGCUUAUGUAUGAAGCAUCUAGAGACUGGCUGCCUACCAUUUCAGGGGAGAUUCAGUCCCCACUCGGGGUUGCAUCGGUGGAAUUUAUUGAUCCGCGAGAACCUGUGGCGGUUGUUCCCAUUCUGAGAGCUGGUCUUGCUCUUGCAGAGCAUGCGUCAUCCAUCUUACCGGCAACCAAUACAUACCACCUAGGUGUAAGCAGAGAUGAAGAGACACUUCAACCAACGGUAUAUCUGAACAAGUUACCAAAGAAGUUUUCUGAAGGAACCCGAGUGUUCAUUGUGGAUCCUAUGCUAGCAACUGGUGGCACAAUAGUUACAGCCAUUGACCUGAUUAAAGAACGUGGGGUUGAAAACCAGCAUAUCAAAGUUGUAGCUGCUGUGGCUUGCCCUCCUGCCCUUCAAAAGCUGAGUGAGAAAUAUCCGGGGCUUCAUGUAUAUGCUGGAAUCAUCGAUCCAACUCUCACUGAUAAAGGGAUGAUUAUCCCUGGACUUGGAGAUGCAGGAGACAGAAGCUUUGGUACAUAAAAGCCGCUAGUGGCACAUAUAGUUAUAAUUUACAGUUUGAAACUUUUUGAGACAAAUUUCGGUGAAAAAAUUGAUGGUUCUUGGGUCUUUCUAUUGAAAUGGUAAUUCUGCACCCUGACUGUGUUUGUUGGUUAAAACAAGUGAUGCAAAUCAUCAUUUAUGGACGUUGUUGUUUGAGUUAUUUUUACAUCAAUAAUUUUCACAUUACUCUCUUUUACAUCAA